CUCAGAGACCAGGCACUGUUACUACUACACACACUUCCACACAGCACAGCAUCCACACGGCUGUGAUACUACACUCUCUGGCCUGUCCACUGAACUGACAACCUGAACACUCUACGACUCCAUUGGACGAUCGCUGAAAUGGACUGAAACAGAGAGGAUCCAAGUGGAAAAAGAUGGUUCGUUGGUGGACUUUUUGACUUUGCGUUCAGUUCCGGGUUAAAUCGCAUCGAAGAGAAGUUGCCUUGACUAUUUUUUUCAAUCUUUUUCUUCACUGUUCCUAAGGCGGCUCUUACACCCAUAUAGAGUUAGAUUUUCGACUAUCCUCCUCUCUGCGCCUCAGGAGUCUGUUCAAGUCUCUGCCUCUCAGGAGUGUUUUUCAGGGUCCAUCUUCUGCCACCCUCCAUGAUGCUGACAGAGCCGUAUGGGAUGAUGGGGUCCAUGGGUUCCGAGGUGCGAGACCUGAGCUCUCUCUUACCCCCGGUGCCCUCCGUACCCUCCCUACCAGUGAGCAGCGGGGGCUGUGGCCUGCCCGUUGGGGGUGCCCCUCAGUGGGCACCUUACCUGGACCUCCACCCUGGCUCUCCCUACAGUUCCCUGCCCUCCCACCACUCCCUCAUCAAGCAGGAGCCUGGCUGGGGCUCCACCGACCCUCUGGAGGACCCUCACUGUGGCCUGGGGGCCUUCACGUUGCACUUCUCUGGCCAGUUCACUGGGACAAGCCCCUGUCGGGUUGGGGCCUUCGGUGAGCCAGCUCCAAGCCAGUCCAGGGUGUUUCCUAAUGGAGCCUACCUCCCAGGCUGUGUGGACAGCCCGCCGACCCACAGGAACCAGG